AUGGCAAUCAGACCUGUAUAUAGGCCUACUAUCGUCAAAAAGAGGACGAAAAGAUUCAUCAGACAUCAAUCGGAUCGCUAUGACAAACUUAAACGCAACUGGCGUAAACCCAGAGGUAUUGACAACAGAGUCCGUAGGCGUUUCAAGGGACAGUACUUGAUGCCCAGCAUUGGAUACGGUUCAAACAAGAAGACACGUCACAUGCUACCCAAUGGCUUCCGCAAGGUGCUAGUACACAACGUCAAAGAGCUAGAGAUCCUUAUGAUGCAAAACCGUAAAUACUGUGCGGAGAUCGCUCACGGUGUAUCCUCCAAGAAGCGGAAGGCGAUUGUCGAACGCGCCCAACAGCUCAGUAUCAGAGUGACAAACGCCGCCGCGCGUCUCCGAAGCCAGGAGAAUGAAUAA